AUGGGAGGCAUCAAUGGAGAUCGCCUCUGGGACGACAUUAUGUUCACCUCUCAGUGGGGAGGCAUGAGGGGCGAAGGUCGAGAAGGGGGAAUGAUGAGACUGGCACUGACGGAUGAAGACCGCAUGGUUCGGGACUGGUUCUGUGGUCGGUUUGAUGGUAUACUGGGCGUACUUAGCGGGCUCGAGGUGCUGAGAAGCAUCAAAGAGUCUGGAAAGAAGCUCUUCUGCGGCUUGACUGUAAUUGACUGGACCAAUGAGGAGGGUGCCCGAUUCUCGCCUGGUUGUACUGGUGCCGCUGUGUGGUCUGGUCAUACAGAUAUCGUUACAGCCCACUGCAGAAAGAGUAAUUGGGGCAACUCGACAACUCUUGGGGAAGAACUCUCACGCAUUGGCUACCGGGGCCGGCUGCCUGCGCAUCACCAGGCUAACGCACUAUCGAGUCAUUUCGAGCUGCAUAUCGAGCAGGGCUCUCGUCUAGAGACCAGUGGACAGAAGAUAGGUGUCGUCAACGCGAUCCAGGGCAUUCGUUGGUUUCAUGUCAGCGUGCGUGGAGAGCGAGCACACUCAGGGGCGACUCCCAUGACCAAGCGAGCUGAUGCUUUAGCUUCGGCAAGCCGGAUUGUGUUGUUCGUCGAGCAGCUUUGUACCAAGAACCAUGCCUUUGGUACUGUAGGGUCACUCACUGUCGCGGAUGCCAGCCCCAAUGUGAUCAGUGGGGAUGUGACAUUCUCCAUUGACCUGAGACACCCAUCGGAGUCCAUCCUCACUGAUCUCGAAAAUAACAUCCGCCAAGAGAUGACAUCGAUCUCCAAAGGCCGAGAUGGAAGAGUUGUUUUUGACAUGAGGCGAAUAUGGCAUUCGCCAGCUCGAGAGUUUGACCCUGUCAUGCUCAAUUGCAUUGAGAAAGCAGCCAUUUACCGUUGCGGUUCUGAGAGCCAGGUACAGCGGUUACCUUCGUUCGCAGGACACGAUAGUGCUCUUGUCGCACUUGCUGACUGUCCCACUGCUAUGAUUUUUGUUCCAAGUAAAAGCGGUAUCAGCCAUUCCCCAGAGGAGUGGACCGAUAAAGAGGACUGUGUUCUGGGAGCAGACACUCUGUACCAGGCAAUACUCAAUUACGAUGAUUACCUCCGUCGUAGUUAUAGACAACGUUCGAAUGCUAGGGAAAGUGAGCCAGAAGUAUUCGUAAGCUCAUUAUAG